ACUCUACUCUUGACUGUAUUAAAAGGGGGCUUGAGGCCCUCGUAAGCCCCAGUUUCCUUCAAUCACUCUCCUUCUCUCUCUCUCUCGCUGCUUUUUGAUUUGGCUGGGGCCCCGAGGUUGCACAUCCAGCAAACCCCAACUGGGUUUGUGAUUAUUAAAUCUUAACCAAGCAGCAAUCCCGCCCAUCUCUCAGCUCAUCAAGACCCUCAAAUAUCAGAUACUCUCUGUGUUUGGUUUCCGUAUUAGCUGCUUCUCUCUUCCUUUGAGUCUUGAGGAUGGCUGUGAGUUUGGACGACGCGGAGUUUUGGCUCCCGCCUGAGUUUCUCACUGACGACGACUUAGCCGUCGAAAAGAAUGGUAGCGGCAAGAAUGAAGGAAAUGGAGUCGGCUCGGACACCGAGGCCAUGAGGGCUUUGUUCCCUUACGACUUCCCUUACCGGUUUGGGUCUUUUGGGUCUUCCUCUGAUCUCGGUUCUCCGGUUGAGUCAGUGGUCGGUUCCAGCGAGACGGAGAGCGACGAGGAGGACUACCUCGCUGGAUUGACACGCCAAAUAGCCCGCUCAACUCUCCUUGACGAUUCCAGGAACAUCGACCCUGUUUUUGCUUCUGAGAAGGCCAAGGCUUGGGUUGUGUCCGGUUCGCCGCAAUCGACUCUGUGCGCGGUGGGGAACGGAUGCGGAUGCAGACAGGGCUCGAGCCAUGGAAGCCCAAACGGGCCUUCCCAGGCCUCUUCCCCACCGGCGACCUGGGAUCUGCUUUACGCUGCUGCGGGGGAAGUAGCUCGGAUGAGGAUGAGCGAAGAUGUGUACGGAUUCAACCAUGGCAGAGGUCUCUUGGGUCCUCUGAGAAAGCCCUCUCCAGUUGUUCUCCCUGUGAAAAACAACCCCAACUCUGAUGUUGGAUUUGUUCCGCACCAGUCACUCUCUCACCAGCAGUUGCAAAUGCAAGCCACUCAACAGUUUCAGCAGCUGAGACAGCAGCAGAUGAUGAGGCAACAGGGCUCGGCGGCUUGGGGAGCACAGGCGAAGGGGACUGGACGAUACCAACAGCGCCAGACGACCCAGCAAAUGGUCCAGAACCGAGGGAGGAACAGCGAGUACGUCGGAACCAGAAACAGUCGCCCUCUGGGUUUGUCCCCUUCUGCAUGGCCCCCUCUGCAACAGGCUCAGCCACAACCACAGCCACAGCCACAACAACAGCAACAGCAACAGCAAAAUGGGUCUGGCAUGAGAGCUGUAUUUCUUGGUACUCCAGGUGGCAAAAGGGAAUGCGCAGGCACUGGUGUCUUCUUGCCUCGCCGAGUCGACGGCCCAUCUGAAACCCGCCGGAAGCCAGCGUGUUCAACUGUUUUAGUCCCAGCGAGAGUGGUGCAGGCACUGAACUUGAACUUGGAGGAGAUGAUGGGCGCUCAGCCUCAGCUUCAGCCGCGGUUAAGUGGGACGCUCACUCCGGACGGUGAUGCUGCUUUGAGGCUUAGGAGUAAUAAUGCCUUUCCACAUCAGAAGCGCAACCUACGGCCUCAGCCUGAAAUCAACCAUGAGAUCCGGCUACCCCAGGAGUGGACCUAUUGACCCCUAAUUUGGAUCUUGGGUCCUUCAGUAGUUUCGUUGUUUUUGUUGGUUGUUUUUAGGAAACGAAAGAAAUUGGAAGAUUUUAGUUUGCUAUAGCCUAUAGGGUUAGUCUUAUAAAGAAACAAAGUAAGAAAAAGACGGUGACGAUGAAGAACAGCAAGAAGGAAAAAAGGUUUUUUGGGUUAGGCGUAGAUGAUAAUAAAUGUCUACAUUAGGGAAAGUGAAUGAUGCUACAGCUUUUGUUCUUUUUGGUUUGGGCUCAGGGAAGGAGGAAGUGGUGGAUGGAGAAGAAAAAAAUGAACUUUUUUUUUUUUGUUUUAUGUAUUUUGGGAAAAUAAGAUUGGGGAAAAUCAUAGGGGAAGAAGAAGGGUUGGGCUUUUGUUUUGUGAAUCCACGACCCUUCUCUAUUAUGUGAACUAGUUUGUUACUUUUAGCAUGUUGUGUCCCUGGAAUUCGAUUCCACCCUGUCCACCCGACAUAGCCAGGAAGUAAUAAUAAUAUCGGAUUUAUUUUUUUU